CACAAGCUCCCGUUGCCACAUCUCUCUCUUCCAGCUAGAAGGAGAAAGAGGGCGAGGAAGUGAAGGGCCCCGCCGGAGGAAGAUGAACACCUCCCUGCCCCUGCUUCUCUACAUCCACGGGGGCUCCUUCUACUCCAACGGAGGGCGACUCUACCCUGGGGAGAAGCUGGCGUCCCUCGGAAUGGUCGUUGUGACUAUUAACUAUCGCCUGGGGCCUUUUGGGUUCCUGUCCACGGGUGACGAGGCAGCGCGUGGUAACUGGGGACUUUUGGACCAACGCCUCGCCCUCCUGUGGAUUAGAAGUCACGCCCGUGCCUUCGGGGCCUCCCUUACUAAGGUGCUCCUACUGGGGAAACUCCGCGGGGGCAGCCUCAGUCAUCCUGCACCUAGUGUCACCGCUGUCUAGUGGCCUGUUCACCCGCGCCGUGGCACUCUCUGGCUGCGCCCUCGCCCCGUGGUCGCUGCAGACGCGGCCGUUGCACUUCGCUCAGAAGCUGGCGACGGACGUGGGGUGUUCACAAAGCGACACGCGGGAAAUGGUCAACUGCCUCAGGAUGACGGAUGCUGACGCCAUCAACAAGGUGUACGGCGAGAAGUACGUGCAGGACGGCUUGUGGCUCGCGUUCGCGCCGGUGGUGGAGGGGGAGCAGCCCGACGCCUUCCUGCCCCACCCCCCUCGUAGGCUGAUGGAGGAGGGCCGCCUGACGCCCGUGCCGCUGGUCAUGACCCUCACGAGGGACGAGGUCACCAUCUGGUUCAGUAAGACAGGACAGAGUGACAUCACCCUGGAGGACGCUGAAAAGUGGAUUGACAUGCUCAUGAAACAGAAAUACCCCGCGCUUGAACCUCUCGCCCUAGCAGCCGUCAUGCACGUUGUUCGCGCCUCUUACCUCUACGCCCGCGGCCACCUUGCUAACUCCACCACCACCACUACCACCACUACCACCACCACCACUGCCAUCACCCCCACCGACGUCACCACCACUGCCAUCACCCCUACCGACGUCACCACCACCGCCUCCAACACGACGAGCAACAGUAACAGCACCAGGGGACGCUCCAUGGCCCUCACUAAGGUCGUGGCCGAUCUGAUCUCUGACCUCGGGCUGCGCGUGCCGUGCGUGGAGGAGGCGCGGGUCCUCAGUCGCUGGACCACCAUCUACCUGGCCGAGUUUUCCUACUCCUCGCAAGACGACGUGCGUGUCGGCGGUCAGGAGUGGAUAGGGUCUUACCACGAGAGCGAGCUUCAGUUUGUGUUUGGCCUGCCUUUCCUGGGUCUCGUCAACACUCUCAGGAGCCCGCAAGACCGCUCCGUGGCCGCCACCUUCAUGAAGCUCCUCGCAUCCUUCGCACACUCAGGGACCCCCGAACUAUCAGGAGUGGUGUGGCCAGCCUACAAUCAAUCCCACUUGGUCCACUUGCAAAUGAGCGACAGCCUCAGUUUGGGAUACAACCUGGUGCAGCCGAGAUUGUGUUUCUGGGAGGAGCUGAUCCCUCUUCUGACGCUGUGGCCGAUCACGCCCCCGAAGGACGACCGUAGCGCCUCCUCCUGCCUCGUCCCGACCUUACCUCCCUCCCUUCUGGCCUCCUUAUCGCUCCUCAUCCUCCUUCUUUUUCUCAGAGACCGGCUCACCUAGAUUUUUUUUUCACCCCGCAGAGUUGCACCUCAUACACUCAUAUUUUCUGCAUCGUUCAUAACAGUUGAUGUUUUGCUAAGCAGUGGCGGUUCCAGUUUUUCUGGUUUAGUCGGGUGAAAGGAAGCGGAAGUCGUCAUGUUGGUUGAAAACUCACUCAUACACGUGUUAUAAUGAGCGUAUUAAUGUGGUAUUCAGGCUGGGAGCGUAAAUACAACUACUACCACCUUAGUAAACGUCUGUUAUGUUUCAUUUACUUCUAAUCUCGGUUCGUUCUCUAUCAUCAUGUUGUAUUUAUGAAUAUUAUCAAUUUCUACAUAUCACGAGUUUCAUCUUUAGCAGUUAAGAAAUCAGGAAAUGAAAUGGUUAUGCUUUCGUGUCCUUUCAGCAAGACGAAAAGUGAGUGAUGUGCGGUGUUCCUGCUGCUGGUGGUGUAAAUAUUAUGGUACAACAACAUUAUACUGUCGAUGUUUUGAAUAGUCGGUGUUUUCCGAGAACAUAGUUUUCUAGAACUGUGGAGCUUGAAGACAAUGUUUUAUUAAUCAGUGUUAAGAAAAUGUUAUGUUUAGAUUCAAAUCAAUGUACUAUAGCAUAAAAAUGUAGGGAAUUUGAUGAUGUCCCUUCUCUAUAACUUUCGUGAAAUAGUUUCUUGGUGAAUUUCAUGGUGACGACGAGAGUGUUGCUUUCAUCAGCCUCAUUUACUGGUUAGUCUACACAUCAUUUUAUAUGCAUGACAUCGCUGCUUGGGUUCAAUACGUGUUGUCUGUGUUAGCUGUGGUGCCUCUCCUCUCCUCGAGGGGAGUCAUCGUGCAGAGGGACAGGCGGCUGUUCUGCCUGUCACGGUCAUCGCCCCACCCACUGAACAAUCACACCUCGCCGUGAUCACUUAUGCACUCCCACACAGAAUUAUACAGACGCACAAGACACGACACACUACACACAACGCUGCUAAUCGACGCCACCUCCUCGAUGAUGGAAAGAAAAGACGACCUUCCUCAGAGGGCUCUAUGAGGGAAAAACUAAACAACAACAACCUCCACUCGUUGCAACACUCCAAGAGGCUCCAAACACUCCAGGGACACGUGACACCUCUUUGCUUGGGCGUGUGCUGGAUGCUGCGUGGCACAGUACCUGGUGUCCUUCAUUCUGCUGCGUACGGCGCAGAGGAGCGCCGUACGCGUCACCACUGGCUGGCGUGCCACAGCACACCGAUCCCUGCCACACUGGAAAACUUCAUCCUAGACAUUAAUAUGCACAAAGAAAUAUGAUCUACAAAGUGUCUUUUAUAUUGAAAACUCACAAGAUUAGUGAUCAAGUACAUUACAAAUCAACCCAGCUAUAAUUUUAGUGUCACCAAGAGAGUGAAAUAUCACCAUCCACUGUAAAUAACGAUAUUGUAAAUUUGUAUGUACAAUUAUUAUACUGUACUAUGC